AUGUCCACACCUCCUGCCAGCAACGGGGUCUUUGUCGUCAUCCCACCCAGCAAUGCUAGUGGCCUCCGCCCACCUCCAGCCAUCCUGCCCACCUCCCUGUGCCAGCCCCCAGGCAUCAUGCAGUUCGAGGAGCCACCGCUGGGGACACAGGUGACCCGAGGGACCCAGCCACCUGACCUGCGUCCCAUGGAGACAUUCCUGACAGGAGAGCCCAAAGCUUUAGGGACAGUGCAGAUCCUCAUUGGCCUCAUCCACUUGGGCUUCGGCAGCGUGCUGCUUAUGGUCCGGCGCGGCCACCUGGGCAUGCUCUUCAUCCAGGGCGGCGUCCCCUUCUGGGGAGGAUCCUGCUUCAUCCUCUCCGGGUCCCUGUCGGUGGCCGCUGAGAGGAGCCACACCAGCUGCCUGGUGAGGAGCAGCGUGGGCACCAACAUCCUCAGCGCCACGGCGGCCUUCGCGGGGACGGCUGUCCUGCUCAUGGACUUCGGCGGCACCAGCUGGGACGUGGGCAGAGGCUACCUGGCGGUACUGACCAUCUUCACCAUCCUGGAGUUCUUCAUUGCUGUUGUCGCCACCCACUUCGGGUGCCAGGCUGCACGCGCGCAGGCCAACGCGUCGGUGAUCUUCCUGCCCAGCACCUUCGGCACAGACUUCGCAGUGCCCAGUCCGGCCGCCUCCCCGCCGCCUGCCUACGAUAACGUGGCCUACGUGCCCAAGGAGUGCUCCGAGUAGCGGAGCGGAGCAGCCCAGCGCACCCCCAGCUGCUUCCCCUCACUCCGCCAGCCUCUCCGCCCGGCUGCUCCGUCUGCACUGCCCAGCAGGGGCGCUGUGCACACAGCCUAGGGACUCCUUCCGGAAGACACCUGCUGGUGUCCAGGGCGUGUGUCCCCCAGCCCUCCAGGGACGCCCUGAGCACCAGUGCCCCGGGGGGGGGGGUGGAGGGGACCGUGGCUCUGCCACCACUCUGGCCUCAGAUUUCCCCCUGGAAUCCACAGCCUGGAAGCAGGAAGCGGAGCACAAACUUUUCACAAAAGAAAGCUGGAGAACUUCAAGUAGAUUC